CAUGAAUGGAACGCGAAAUGUCAACUUUGACGUCUACCUUGAUGAUUUUUCCAAUUUGUUCAAAAACUUUAAAAAAUUAUAUUUCGUAAACCGUGAGUUUCCAGCACUUGAAAAUUUCUUAAAAGCUUUCUAUUUAUGAGUACUAUCUACAAAAAAUCUGAACUUCAAUAUCGAUAGACCAUAAAGGAAAUUUUAGCCAAAUGUGUGAUCGCAGUUCAUUUCACGGCACGAUAGCCGAAAUACCAGAGAUUUGCGUCGACAAUUUCACAGUUCUAGACAGAAAAGCAUAUUUUUUAAGUCAUUGUCAUGCGGAUCACACGCAGGGGAUUUUUACCGCCGAUUUUUUGGAGAAUUUAAACAAAAAUCACACCCAUAUCUAUAUGUCCGAGGUCUCGGCGACUAUCGUGGAGUAUGAAAGCAAUUGUGGACCCAUCAUGAGACAUAUAAGAACAUUAAAGUUGGAGUCAACAACAAUAACUUUAAUAAUGGAUGACGGGAGCCAUAAGUAUUUGAAUGUCAAAACGAUACCGGCCGGCCACUGCCUCGGAUCUGUCAUGUUUCUAUUUGAGAUAAACAAUCAGACGAUACUGUACACAGGGGACUUCAGAAUGAAUCCAGAGAACAUAUCUGCUUUUGGACAACUGCACAAAGAUAACAUGCCGAUUAAAAUAAACACAAUUUACCUUGAUACCACAUUCCAGAAUGAAAGUUUUGACAAUUUCCCACGCAGGAAAGACAGUAUUCGAAUGUUGGUCAAUCAUAUAAAGCAGUGGGUAGACGGAGAACCUACCAACAGAAUAGCCUUGCAUACAUCUGCUCGGUAUGGCUACGAAUUUGUUUUCAAUGAAAUCUACAACAUUUUAAAUAUGAAGACUUAUGUUAGUGAUGAUAAAUGGGCAUUGUACAGCAAAUUACCAUCUGUUAAAGGGAUCACGAACCACAGCGAAGAUACGAUGAUACAUUUAUGUGAGAAACGAAAAUGGCGGGAAUUUGAUCAUAGCAAAUGUUUACCGGAACACAGAGCGAACCAAAAAUAUUUGAAUGUAAUUUUUUCAGCAAUGAGACACCGUUCAAUGGACAGUGAAAACUCGCCCUUAGACAGUCGAGACGGCGUUAUCUAUGUAUGUUUCGCGACGCAUUGCAGCAGAGAGGAAUUGAAUUUUUUCGUCAGUUAUUUUACACCGGACAAGGUUGUCGGUUUCAGGGAUCAGUUUAUACCGAAAGCAGGCACAAAACGAUGUCACGUCUUUGAGCCAACGAGAACGGUGAAGAUUCGUAAAUUCAAUAACAAUAAUGCAUCUAAUAAAAUCGAUCCGAGCAUUGUAAAUGAUUUAUUUUAAAAUUGUUUUUUUAGUUUUAUUGAAAAUGUAAAUAAGGUUUUGUAUUUUAAGAUCUAGUAAGCUUUUCGUUUUGUAUUUGUGCUGUUUUUGAAGAUUUUAUGAAGGCUUUUAUAUAUUUUUCUUACAAGCUGUUUUAGUAUGAAAAAUUAUGUGAAGUGUAAAUAAGAUGAAGUGGUUUAAUUUGACAUGUCAAAUCAAUUGCAAUGAAAUUAAAUGCAACGGGAUGAUGAAAUGAACUAAAGUUUUAGUAAAAUCGUAUAAAAUUAUUACUGAGAA